AUGAAGCAUUUGAACGCCAUAUCGGUUAUUGCUUUGUCUGGCUUAGCCAUUGCAAGAGAUGUUUCUUAUGUGACCGAUCUCGCGGUAUUUGAGGCACUGGCUCCCUGUGUCUCCAGUGCGAUCUCAUACAAUAUUGCCAGACAUACUCACUCGUCAAUAUGCAAUGACUCGAAAACAGGGUUACAAGAAUGUAUAUGCUCGACUCGUAUGCAUCAAGUUACCUCCGCCAUCUCGGACGAUAUCAAGCAUGGUUGCGGUUCCAGUGCGACAGAAGACAUUUAUAGCGCGUCCAAGGUGAUGCAAAAGUACUGCAAUCAGGACAAACACAUUACGUUUCCCUCGCCGACAACAAAUAUCGUCGAUGCAUACAUUACAGAUUUACCCGAACUGGCAUACAUGCCCCCUUGUGCGCAAAGCGCAUUGUCUUAUGCUGUGAUGAGAGUGGGAUCGGAGAGAUGUCCCGAGGACGCCAAGUUGAACGCUCCUUGUGUGUGCAAUAAAAAGGAUGUUGUUCGGGAUAUUAACUUGACUUUGAAGGGCGCAGCCAAGCGCUCCUGUUCGAACGAUGCAGAUGUCACUUCAGCGGAGAACUUUUAUAGUCAUUUCUGUCUCAUGAACGAGGGGAAGACAUCGUUUCCAUCACCAAAAAGCCCUCCAGGCGAUAUGUCGUAUUAUAUCACCGCUCUCCCACAGUUUAAGUCUCUAGAUGAAUGCGCUCGCAAGGGUCUUUCCACUGUUGUCAUGAAUCAAAGUUCCUGGCUGUGCCGCGGUGGGCCUCAAGAACUGGCUUCAUGCGUCUGCAUGAAGUCAGGGAUGUAUAAUAUUAUAUCCAGUAGCCUCACUGAGAGAGUCAGAGAUCACUGUGAUGAUACACGCAGUGGCAAUGCCACCGCUGCUGUCAACGCCUUUCGGUACUACUGCAGCGCUGCUAAAGAUCUAGUCGUUGCAACUGUGACUGAGUCUAUCUCUCAGUCUCAUUCUACAGCCAGUUCUAGUACCCAUUCAGCUACAGCGAUAUCCAGGACGACUAGCUCAGCCGGAGCAACUGCAACUUCGACCACUGUCACGAAUACUGCAAAGGAGUCAGGCUCCGGUGACGAAGACGAAAAGCAAGACAACUUGAAUAACAACGUCAUACCAAUUGUCGGAGGAGUUGUCGGAGCCGCCGUAUUUACAGCUCUUGGUCUAGCUCUAUUCUUUUUUAUCAGACGAGAGCGCCGACGAAAGACUCGCGGAGAGCGACUUUUGGAUGGCCCUCCUGAAUAUUCUAGACAUAUGGGCAACAGCGUCUCCAUCCAAGGUUACAAACCAACCCCAGCUGUUUCACAAUUGCCAACAGCUAUGUUAUCAAAGUCCAGAUUUGGUGGGGGAAGAGAUUUCCCGGGUUUGACUUCUGACCAUGCGCCAACAGCUGAGCUCCAGGCACAUCUUGCAAGGAUGAAUCCACCUCCGACAUAUUCACGGCAGCCUGGAACCCAGUCAGGGGCUUCAGAGUCAUAUGAAAUGAGUCCAAGUUUUCAGAUAUCAAAAAUAGAUACAUAA